UAGCAUCUCUUCCUGUGUGUGCAGCCCCCAUUACCACUCCACACCCAGCCAUCCAGCUUUUAGGCUUUGGGGCCAUGGGGAUUGCCUUUUUAGGAGACACCUGAUCACAGCUGAACUCACCACCGCCCAACACAAAGACACUGUGGCUGAUAACGUGAUGUUUUCGUGUGUGUGCACCCACCCUUGGUACGGAGAGUAUGUGUUUGUGUGUGAGACAACUGGUUAGAAACUAGAAGAGAGCUCUGAGGGUGGGAAGGUGGUAGAGCUGUUACAUAGUGGAGAUAGAGGUCUGUGGCAGCUCCACAUCAAGCGGAAAUAUUACCAAAAUUGUAAGAGCUGGAGAGACUGACAUUCUUCAGGAUGUUUUGUUCUGUUUCCAUUGUUCUGUGACCGUGAGUCUGUUGAGGUGGAGAAGAAGACCUACAGCUGAAAGGAGUUCAAAUUUUGGCAUUUGUUCGUGCCAGGAGCCAUCUAAAUCCCAGGAGAGGUGUGACACCUUCAUUCAAGAGAAGAUCUUUUUUUCGUGAUUAAGCAGAGCCCAGUAUCAUGGAGAAAUUCAAGGCAGCCAUGGUUCUGGGUGCUGUUGGCGAUGCCUUGGGCUACAGAAAGGGCCGUUGGGAAGGCUGCACCUCAGGCAAGAAGAUCCAAGAGGAACUGGCCUCUCUGGGAGGACUAGGGGCCCAGAAACUGGACCCUGAAAACUGGCCCCUGAGUGAUGCAACGCUGAUGCACAUAACCACAGCAGAAGCACUUGUAACAGAUUACUGGUGUCUGGAGGACCUGUACCGGGAGCUGGUACGUCUCUAUGUUGAAGCCAUGGUGUCUCUCCAGGGCAGAGCCCCUGAUCCUGCCACAGUGGAGGGCUGUGUUCACCUCAAACCUCACAACUUCCUGCUCGCCUGGCAUACACCCUUCAAUGAAAAAGGGUCUGGGUUCGGGGCAGCUGCCAAGGCCAUGUGUGUGGGUAUGAGAUACUGGCAACCUGAGAGACUAGACAACCUGGUGGAGGUCAGCACUGAGAUUGGCAGAAUGACCCACAACCACCCCACAGGCUUCCUAGGCUCCCUGACAACAGCACUGUUUGCAUCCUAUGCAAUCCAGGGGAAACCUCUUGUGACUUGGGGCCGCGAGCUCAUGAAGGUCAUCCCUCGGGCUGAGGAGUACUGCAGGAAGACCAUACGACACAUGGCAGAGUAUCAGGAAAACUGGUUCUACUUUGAGGCCAAGUGGCAGUUUUACCUGGAAGAGAGAGAGAUAGAGAAGGAAGGACAGAACAAACCUUCAUUCUCUGAUCGCUAUGACGCGGAGGAGACAGACAAGAUUUAUAAGCGCUGGAGCUCAGAGGGCCGUGCAGGACGCAGAGGUCAUGAUGCCCCCAUGAUAGCCUACGAUGCCCUUUUAGCGGCAGGGAGUGACUGGGCUGAACUGUGUAAACGAGCCAUGUUUCAUGGAGGUGAGAGUGAAGCCACAGGCCUGAUCGCAGGUUGUCUCUAUGGCCUCAUGCACGGCCUGAGCCAGGUUCCCCCAGGCCUGUACCAGGAUUUGGACAAAAGACAACGCCUGGAGGAGCUGGGAGAAGCGCUUUACAAAGCAGCAUCUGCAGAGAAGUGCAUAGACAAACCAGAUUCUCGGAAAACCAAUAUCAGCCCUGAUGCCAGUAUGUUGAGGAAGUUGGUUAGAGACCGCAACUGCCGUCCUGUCCUCCGAGGGAUUCUGGAGAGUCUCCUGCAUUACCUAACACAGGAUCUGCCCAAGUGGACCACCAGAAACAGAAACCCGGAGAAGCCAGUGUCGGAUAUUGUAGUUGAAAGAAACACAAGGAACAUAGAUUGGCCUGAUCAGAGAUUUGAGGCUUCAAUGAAGCAGACUCAACUUGAGACAAGUUGUACUAUUGUUCAGCUCCCUGAAGAGCAUAAAAAGACCCAGGGAAAGACUGCUGAGACCAGUUCCAAGAUCCCUGAAAAAUGCUGGUCAGAUCUACAAAAAGACAGAUUGCUGAGCAGGUAUGAAGGAGAUCAAAGAGCAGGAGACUUAAUAUCCCGCCGCCUAACCACAUUCCAUCUCCUCCAAUCAAAAUUCAUAAGGUCCACGCCCAAACCUCCCAUCACCCACCAAAGGGAGGUAGGAACUCUGUCCUCCGGCAGAGGAGUGGCAGGUAAUGUGAACCACAGCCAAGGCAGUGAGCAAGACAUGCACAAGAAGGACUGGACUAGAAGAGAACAAGGACUGAAGAGGGGGAGCCGUGUGAAAGAUAUUGUGGCCAAGUUUGCCAUGGCAGCGCAAAAGGAAAAGGGAGAUAACAUGCUGAAGAAACAGCCAAUCAAGCCAAGACUCAUUGGAAGAGGGAUCCUCCUAUCUUCCUUGAUGGAGAGAUUUGAGACCAUGGCCACGAUAUGUAAGGGAAGUGACUUGAAAUGUUCACAUGAAAGGCCUUCUGGAGGAGUCAAAGUGAGGAGUAAUGUAGAACAGAGGGUAGCUUGUCAUGAAAGGCAGAGAGAUCAAACUGUUCACAAACAAAACCAACACAAGCAAAUGAAAAGUAAAUCUGUUGGAAAGCGGCUGAAAGGAAAUCAAACCACAAAUGGGCAAGAACAAAGACCCGAGCAGGCAGUAGAUGUUUUAACAAAAGUAAACUUAAACCUGAAAGAAAAAAAUUAUUUGAAAGAAGAGCAAAUGAAGCACAUGAGGGACCAGCAUUCAGAUCAAGAGGCAGAAGGUCAUUGUUCAUUAAAGCGUAUAAAAGAUCAAGUUAAUGAUAAUGAUGUUCAGAGUUGGAGGUUGGGGGAACAUUGUGAAAUUCAGGCUACAGUAGAAGAAACUAGUAUCACCAACAAGUUAAAAUAUGGACAUGUAGAGCUGCUCUGUUUAACAUCUGUUACCGAGAGGUCACUCCCAGAACCGUACAGGCUUUUUCUACAGGUAGAAUCCCAAGUGAACUGGCAUGUGGCAACCAUCAUAACCUGCCCUCCUGUGUGGUCCACAUGUGUAGAUUCCUCUCCUAAACAAUAUGCUGUGGAACCACCAGAAAGCUCACACUUGGAAAAGAUACCUAACUUGAAGACAGAAGUUCCUCAUAGGGCCCUACAACACUCUUACAGCAAAUCAAGCACAGGUGAACCUUCUACUACAGUUACUGAAGGGAAACACCAUUUAAAGCCCAAAACUGAGGGACUUUCUACAUAUACAGGCCGCAACCCCAUGGAUAACAGAGCAGCGGAAGAUCUGAAUCCAACCAAAGCUGUGAUAAUUCAAAGAGCGUUGCCCAAGUACAUCAUCCCAUGUGUUUACAGAUUUGAUUAUCGACAAGAUGUUGAUGAUCGGACUGAUUCCUCCCCUCAAUCAGCACCACACCCAGAAACUGUAAAUCCUUUGGUUGCAAUGCCACCACCACACUCUGAUACUUCUAUGACUGCUUUUAACACUGGAUUGGUGACAAAGGGAAUUUUCCAAGACAUUGACUUAUGUCCUCCUAAUAACAUGAAGGUACAAACCUGUCAUAUAAUAACAAAAAAGAAACCAACAGAGGGUGAACCACAAGAAAAAGAUGGGGAGGCCGGGGAGGGAAAAGAAGAAGUAACACCAGUGGACAUAAAAGAUACUAAUAUGCCGCAAAGUACCAAACUUUCUGAAGACACAGCCAAGAUUCAACCUGAUAGAGAGAGUCCACAACAGAGACCAAAGUACACAACAAUCAACUAUGGGGAUCCUUCAGUCAAACAAACAUAUAAACCCAAAAUCAUACGAUUUACUGACACAUUUACUUUCUAGGUUGGUACUAUUGAACAAACAGUGAUGCACAGUCUCAGCUGUUUCCUUUCGCGGAUACUGUACUACGAAUUUAAAGAUUUCAGUUACUCUCAAUGUAGCUAUCUUCAUACAUCAGCAACAAUACACACAUUACUACAAAGUUACAGCAACAAAAACGCAGUGGAAGCAACAAGUAAAACUGGUAAACAUUAAAAAUUGUACACGUAGAGCAAAUGAGCACAUGAUCAUCCACAAGCUAAUAGGCCUACAUACCAUAAAAGUAUUGGACCACAGUUGUUUAGGCAAAACUGAUUGCUAACACUUGUGUAUAUUUAUCACAACAUUGUUGAUUCAAAGAUUAUUUGUUAAAAGUCAUUUGGUGUAUUUGGAUAGAGAUUCAUAAAGGGCUCUACAGUAUAAGGAUAACAAAAAAAAAUAACUGAUAGUCCCCUUCAAUAAUUUGUAAUAGCGCCGAUAACCUCCAAAUGACCUACAACAGUUUCACCGGCUGGCAAACAAGGUAUCAAGGUUGAAUUGUUGCAAACAUUACUGCCAACUUGAUAACUCAGUAUCAUCAUCUUUUCUAAAUCUGAAAUGGUUCCUCACUGUGGCAACACUGUUAACAUGGCAGGCUGCCUAAAGUGGAGCAUAGACAAGUAGUACACUUGACAUUCACACUGCAUAAUUUGAUAUGAAGACUGACUAUUAGACUAGUUAGACUUUAGCUUUACAUUUUGAAGGUGUAUUAUAAUUUAAUUCAAUAUAAAUCUAUGUUCAUCCAUCCACCUAUACUUUUUAUGCUGCUUAUCUGGGGCCAGGUCGCAGCAGGCUAAGUAAGGAAGUCCAGGCGUUGCCAAGCCAGAUUUAAUUGUCAGGUGCACGCUCCUCAAGUUUGACUGUCUGCUGUAUUAUUUCCAGCAAUGUUACAUGUAAAACUCCCUCCUCUUUCUUUAUAAUUAUCAAGAUACAGCACAGCAUUAUAUUUUAAUGAAUGUAGCUUAAUUUCUUUAAAAUAAACUUGUCAAAAAUAUAAUAGCACACUAUUAAUGCUGCCUAAUUUAUUCAUUAUUGUCACAGUGGAAUAUGGUAAUUUUAGUAGAUUUGCAAACCAAAUGUAUGAGUACAAUUUUUAAUACAAUUUUUGAUACAAGCUGGCUGCUGGGAAUAUAAAUCACUUUGUGGGGAACUGGCCAAAUACAUGGUCAUAUAAAGGUCAUGAGGCUGUUCACGGGGAAGCAAAAAUAUUUUUCAAUAUACCACAUGAAUGAAGACAUGCUUAAUUGGAGUUAGACUUUUAGAUGACAUUUUCCAUCUGUGGAAUAGUGAACAGUGACUAGUACACACUUACAGAGAACUGAAGUGUUUCUAUAAAGGACACAGUGACGAUUGCCCAGAGCAGAUGAAUGGUCGCACACAGCAGUGCCAAACAUGUCAGUGGCUGGAAGCUCAUCCUAUUCACAAAUCCAACCCCCGCCCACCGGCAGGAUUACACUACUGCUGAAACAUUUGGACUUACUCUGGUAUUUUCACAAGAGGAUAAGAGAUCGAGGUCUACAUGAUCCAUCAUAUGUCCAUCCCUAGGCUUAUCCUGAUAGGCAGUGGUGAUGAGGAGUAUGGUGUUGUUAUUGAGUGUCAAAUUUUAAGUUAUUUGAUUUAGGUAGGGCUAACAGGGCUCUAAUAGGACUUCUAUAAAUAGGUGAAUAUCUGUUUACUCGCAUUCUGUUAACAGUGGUUAAAACAACAUGCAGCACAGUCAUAUAUACGCACCCACACACUGAAUUAUAUGGGAUAUUUGUGGUGUUUAUGGGUGAUUCUUUGUGUCACUGUUAGAACGGGCUGUUCACCAAAUAAUAACUAAAAAAUACAGUUAUUUCUGAGAGCUUGCUCCAUACACUUUAUAUAAAAUGAAAAAAUACAGCAACUCCAAAAAGUGCCACCUCAAACAGUAUACUUAAAAGUUUUUGAGCUUAAGUGUCCUUUACUUAAACUCUUUUUGAGUACAAGUUACACUCCUCUCCCCACAUGAUUUUCCCCUUUUUCCAGCUCUGGAAAAUAAUCAGAAAUAAUCAGAAAUACUUUAUUGAUCCCCGAAGGGAAACUACUACAAGAUGGUGUUCAAAGAUGGCCACCAAAAAGCCACCAGAACAACCUUAAUGUCAUUUUGCGACUGCCUGGAACUGGGUGACAGUGUUGGGACACAGUGCCCGAGGCUCUGCCCCAGAUCCUCUCAUUAGCACAAAAUCAAAUUGAAAUCUGGUGACUUGAUGUAAAGUUCGCGUCAUUUUGAUACUCAUCACGUUUUCCAGUAAGAGAAAAGGUUUUCCACUCUUACUUGCGCAGGACUUUCAAGUCAUGUCAGUAUAGUUUUUAAAAAAUAUAAUAUUAAAACCAUUAUGAUAAAAAAAAACAACAUACACGUGUUAAAUGUUUCCCCAAGGAUGUGAAGCUCUGCUGAUACUGGGACAGAAGAGCUACCGGUAAACUGAUGAAUUUGAGUGACAUCUUGUUGAGUUCAUCCAUUUAUUUUCAUUAAGCCUAGUCCUUAUUAUUAUUUUUUUCAUAUCUACAAAGGACUGUCGGAGCCCUGAAUCACCCAUGCAACAGAUAUGUUUAAAUCCAGGUAGGAUACGUACUGGUUCAAUGCUGCCCAGCAGAGGCUCAGGUUAACAGAUGGCUGUAUUUACCUGUGCUACGUGGCUGUGCUGGAGAGGGCGCGGCUAUACUUACCAUUUUUGCUGCCUUUACGUGUUAUCGGACACACUAACCAUACCAUACUAAACGAGUGACCCUAUGAGUUUUAUGAGCAGGGAGUUGCCGAUGUAACAUACGUUAUGCUGUAGACUGUGUCUAUGUCAGUUGACAUUAAUGUGAUAUGUUAUAUGACAAAUAAAUGUUUGGCUAU